UGGAGAACGGUUCAGAGACCUAGUCAGCAGUGAACAAGUAGCCUGUGAACAAUCUACCGAUCAUAGUUUCAUUGAAAUGGUGGAAGAAGAUUUUACAGAAAAGUCCGAUAGCUAUAUGGCCGCUGCCAAUAUGGUCGACACACAAGAAAUGGACGUCCUGGAAAACAAACAACUGGUUGGAAAUGAAGAAUGUGUAGACGACAGUAACUCAGUUUGCUCUGCUGCAGACAAAGCAGUACCACGCGCCAAAUCGUUACAACACCCAUGCCCGUUUUGCGAAGAAAUACUGUUUCAUACGCAGACUGAUUUGACUGAACAUUUAAAAACGUUGCACUCAGACAAGGUUCAUUCAUGCGAUCCAUGCGCAAGGAUUUUUGUGGACCCUGCUACGUUCGAAUCCCAUGUUCAAUGCCACGCAUUAGGACGAAAUUUUUUCUGUAUGCUUUGCGAAAAAGGGUUUCGACUGCGCCAAGUACUUAAGCAUCACAUACUCUCGCACAACGCCGAAUAUUUAUGCUCGCAGUGUGGCAAAAAGUUCAAUGACAAAAGCAAUCUUCGGCAGCAUGUGAAGCGCCACUCCAGUGAGAAACGAUAUGCGUGUAGCUUGUGUCCGAUCCGCUUCCAUUCGAAAAACGACUUAAAAAUGCACCAGAGCACGCAUUCUACUGUAAAGCAAUUUAGUUGCAACUUGUGUAGCUCGAAGUUUAACAGGCAAUACUCUUUGGUGUGCCAUCAGCGAAUCCAUACGGGAGAACGUCCCUACAGUUGUGAGGCUUGCAAAAUGAGUUUUUACACGUCCCAUCAUCUGAAACGUCACAUGCUAACUCACACGGGUGAAAAACCGUUCAAAUGUCACUACUGUGACCGUAAAUUCGCGCAAAGCAAUGAUAUGGUGAAACAUACGCGGAUCCACAUUGGAGCCUGCAUUUAUCAGUGCAACAGGUGUGAUGCUUCUUUCCGAUUGCUAUCGGAACUAAGAAAUCACUACAAGGAUCAUUACCAGCAAGGGAACGAAGAAACACCAGGAUGGACCUCUGCGGAAGAAGAACGACAUAUUCGAUUCACCAGUACGGAUAUAUUGAACUUGCGAUACGCCAAAGAAGCGUCACGAUGGUCAACGAAACGAAAGGUUAUCGCCAAAGCGACCGUUUGUCCCGCCACGAAUGGGUCAGAUUAAUAUUCCGUGUAUU